AUGCAGGCGGUGGUGCAGCAGAUCCACCGGGCCAAUAUGAAGGCCAUGCUAUUAAGUAGAGUGAACCUCAUCUUCAUUAUUGUCAACUGCUGUAUGAUGCUCAUUCUUAUUGUUACUUGGGCUGUCUCUAUUGCAAAGGAGGGCGGCGGUGUUCUCUCACGAUAUGCCGCGUGUAUUAUCGCCUUUAUUUUGUUGGGACUCGCCACCCUUCUCUCCGCAUUGGUGUACCGCAUGCAACCCAAACUCUCUCUCUACUAUGCACAUGAGAUGAUUUCCAUCCUCACACUUAUCAUGACGGCCAUCUCAAUGGGAAUGAAUGAUGUGGUGGUGAAUCUCUGCCAUGAUAAGCGGCAACUCGCCAACACACAGUGCGGCUCACACGUAGCGGAACUCGUCGCGGAGGUUCUUAUUUGUGUUUCUAUGGGAUUUAAUUACGCCUCCACCCAACAACGCAUUGUAACCUUUAUUGAUAAGGGAAUAUUGGAUGGCAUCAAGGGACGCUCGAACGGUAUGACACAGCUGCCGUAG